AUUUCAGGGUCUACAGUUUAACAUGCAGCACUCUCUCUCUCUCUCUCUCUCUCUCUCCCUCCCUCUUCUGGGCGACCCCUUUCUCACUGAUCGAACAGCAAAAUGGGAGAGGCUAUCUUUGAACUCGAGCAAGUUCUUCGAUCCAAGCAGGAAAAAUUGACGAGUCAAGAAACAAAUGUUCUUAUGGCGUGCAAAGCUGAUGCUCUUAGGGAAUUUACAGUCGGUGGUACUGUUGCUGCUGGCGUCACUUGGCUAGCAACUCGAAGGCUACGUACUUUAUUUCGCAUCAACCUUUCAGUUGGAGCUGCUGUUAUUUCUAGCUUUUGGAGAUUUGGUAGGUCACUAGAUACUAGCGUUGAACACAUACUUUCUGCUGAUGGAAGUAGGAUGCAAAUGGAGUUAUCAAAGAUAAUAUUGAGAAAAUAUGGAGAUGACUCAAUGCCAAUGCAGCUCAUCACCAAGCAUUUCUACUCGGAGAAGGUUUUUGAUGAUUCAUCCGCGGAUCAGCCAAAGAUAAGGUGGCGGUAUCGGAAUUUCUUUAGUGAUAAUGUAGCUUUUUCCCAGGGGACACACAAUAGUGAUGCUCAUGGUUAUGGUGAAAAGACUGAUCCACAGAAGACUGAUAUGGAGAAUGCUGAUGAGCCCAACCGUGCUCUUAGGAGCCCUGUUUUGGAUGCAACCACAAACCCUUUCGAUGAUGUUUUUGGAGUCACGGGAAGCAGUGAGGAGAUUCAUCAUACUAAUACCUCCGUCUUAUCUCCCAAAAGGCAUGGCCGUAGCCACAAGAGAUCUCACCGUAGGCAUCGAAUGCGACACCAUGAAGCUUCUUCCAAAUUUCAACAUUCUUGACCUUCUGCAUUGGGUGAUGCAGUCUUCUCGUGAGUUUGUCGUUGUAACCUUGGGAGUAAUAGUAUUAUUCUGGGGAUGCAGGAGAUGCACCAUUCCACGUAUUUAAUUAUGCUUGGCUCUUACAAAUUGUUGCUCGUCCUAUUGAAGGAAAAAUGUGCUAUCGCUUCCAAGGUGAACUUAAAAUAUAAUCAAGCUAAUAGUCAAUCACUAAAAUAAUUGUGCAA